UUCGAACUUCGAGAACUUUUGCAGCGAAAAUUUGGAGCGCAGAAAGGGGAGGAGGCGAAUGGUGAGCAAAGGGUUCUUGAUGUCGUGCCUCGGCGGCGGCGGCCGCGAGGGCUUCGCCUCGCGGAGCCUCUCGCCGAGGCCGCACUACCCGUCGAUGCCAAAGUACCCCAGGCGGAAGUCGACGGUUGAGGUGGUCGGGGGCGGGGAUCUGGAGGCGACGCCGGAGGCAGCGGAGGAGGAGGAGAAGCGGGUGGCGCUGUUCUCGGUCGUCGGGAUGGCGUGUGCGGCGUGCGCUGGGUCGGUGGAGAAGGCGAUCAAGCGGCUGCCUGGGAUCCAUGAUGCUGCCGUCGACGUGCUGAACGAUCGGGCUCAAGUCAUCUUCUAUCCCGCCUUCGUUUCGGAGGACACAAUUAGAGAAACAAUUGAAGAUGUUGGUUUCAAGGCUGAAUUGAUUCAAGAGGAGAUGAAAGAAAAAUCAGUUCUCAUAUGCAGACUUCGCAUAAAAGGGAUGACAUGUACUUCUUGCUCAAGUACUAUUGAAUCUGCUUUGCAAGAUGUUCCAGGUGUACAUAAGGCUUUAGUAGCCUUAGCAACUGAAGAAGCAGAGGUUCGCUAUGAUCCUAGAGUUGUAAGUGCCAACCAACUCAUGGAUGCAGUUGAAGAUACUGGUUUUGAAGCUAUACUUGUUACCACAGGGGAAGAUAUUAACAGAAUAGAACUCAAAGUUGAUGGGCCAUUCUCUACAAGGUAUAUUUCUAUGGUUAAUAACUCUCUUCAAGCCCUCCCAGGAGUAGAUGAUAUAAACAUUGAUCCUGUGCUGCAUAAAGUUACCAUAUCUUACAAACCAGAUCAGACAGGUCCACGAAAUUUCAUUGAAAUUAUUGAAUCAACUGGAUCUGGGCAGCUUAAGGCGUCAAUAUACCCGGAAGUAAGGGGAAAGGGGUUUCACAGGCAUGAGGAGAUUAAUCAGUAUUAUCAAUGCUUCCUUUGGAGUUUGGUUUUCACCAUCCCAGUAUUUCUCACUUCAAUGGUGUUUAUGUACAUCCCUGGAAUUAAAGAAGUUCUAGAUAAGAAAAUAGUAAACAUGUUGAAGGUUGGAGAGCUUUUAAGAUGGAUUUUAUCCACUCCUGUCCAAUUUAUAAUUGGUCGAAGAUUUUAUGUUGGUGCAUAUAAAGCAUUACGACAUGGAUCUGCUAAUAUGGAUGUGCUGAUUGCUCUUGGAACCAAUGCAGCAUACUUCUAUUCAAUCUACACCGUCCUCAGAGCUGCAACUUCACCAAAUUUUAUGGGAACUGAUUUUUUUGAGACUAGUUCCAUGCUUAUAUCAUUUAUCCUUCUUGGGAAGUAUCUUGAAGUUUUGGCUAAAGGGAAAACAUCAGAAGCCAUUGCUAAGCUCAUGAAUUUGGCACCUGAAACUGCAAUACUGAUAAGCUAUGACAAUGAAGGAAAUGUGAUAAGUGAAAGAGAGAUAGAUAGUCGAUUGAUUCAAAAGAAUGAUAUCAUUAAAGUAAUGCCCGGUGGAAAGGUAGCUUCAGAUGGUUUUGUAAUACGGGGUCAGAGCCAUGUUAAUGAAAGCAUGAUAACUGGGGAAUCAAGGCCUGUUGCAAAGAGGAAGGGUGAUAUUGUUAUAGGCGGUACUGUCAAUGAAAAUGGUGUGCUGCAUAUCCGUGCCACUCAUGUUGGAUCCGAAGGUGCCCUUUCACAGAUUGUUCGUCUUGUUGAAUCAGCUCAAAUGGCUAAAGCUCCUGUACAGAAAUUUGCUGACCGCAUAUCCAAAUAUUUUGUGCCUCUAGUUAUUCUUCUUUCACUUGUCACUUGGCUCAUUUGGUUCUUAGCGGGAAAGUUCAGUUCCUACCCAAAAUCUUGGAUACCAUCGUCAAUGGAUAGCUUUCAACUCGCUCUUCAGUUUGGCAUAUCUGUCAUGGUGAUAGCAUGUCCAUGUGCGCUUGGCCUUGCAACUCCCACUGCUGUUAUGGUUGGAACUGGAGUAGGUGCAUCUCAAGGUGUGCUAAUUAAAGGUGGACAAGCAUUAGAGAGUGCACACAAGGUCAACUGUAUUGUAUUUGACAAGACUGGCACACUUACCACUGGAAACCCUGUUGUUGUCAACACACGACUACUGAAGAAUAUGGUGCUUCGUGACUUCUAUGAAUAUGUGGCAGCUGCUGAGGUUAAUAGUGAGCAUCCCUUGGCAAAGGCUAUAGUUCAAUAUGCCAAAAAGUUCAGCACAGAUGAAGAGAACCCUGUUUGGCCUGAAUUACAAGGUUUUAUUGCUAUCACAGGCCAUGGUGUCAAAGCCACAGUUGGAAACAAAGAAGUUUUAGUGGGGAAUAAGAGCUUGAUGGUGGAAGUAGGCAUCCAUAUACCUGUUGAAGCCUCUGAAAUUCUCACAGAUACUGAGAGAAUGGCACAAACUGGAAUAGUCGUCUCAAUUGAUCGAGAAGUAACUGGAAUAAUUGCAAUAUCUGAUCCACUGAAACCUGGUACUCGAGAGGUUAUAUCCCUUCUGAAGUGCAUGAAGGUGAAAAGCAUUAUGGUAACAGGUGAUAACUGGGGUACUGCAAAUGCAAUUGCACAGGAGGUUGGGAUAGACACUGUUAUUGCAGAAGCAAAGCCAGAUCAAAAAUCCGAGAAAGUUAAGGAACUUCAGAUGUCCGGCUUAACUGUGGCAAUGGUUGGAGAUGGAAUAAAUGACUCACCAGCACUUGUGUCUGCUGAUGUUGGGAUUGCCAUAGGUGCUGGCACAGACAUUGCAAUAGAAGCAGCUGAUAUUGUUCUUAUGAAGAGCAACUUGGAGGAUGUAAUAACUGCCAUUGAUCUCUCUAGGAAAACUUUCUUCCGGAUCAGCAUGAAUUAUGUAUGGGCUCUUGGUUACAAUAUCAUCUGCAUACCAGUUGCAGCUGGAGUUCUUUUCCCAUUCACCAGAUUCCGACUGCCACCAUGGAUUGCUGGUGCUGCAAUGGCGGCUUCUUCAGUUAGUGUAGUUUGCUGCUCUCUCUUAUUGAAGAACUAUAGAAGGCCCAAAAAAUUAGACAUGCUUCGGAUGAGCGAUGUAGCGGUCAAUUGAAUAUGUUCAUUUGGAUACUUGUACAUUUCUGCAUCAAAUGUGUGUUAAGGUUUCUUCUCAUCUCUAGAUUACCUGCAAAAAUGUUAUUGAUGUAUAUAUGAAUUGGGAAUAUCUUCACUAUAUAGUAGUUGAUGCACAUCAAUGAAAUGUUUGUGAAGUCAUUUCUUGCUACAA